UUGCCCCCUGAGGGCAAAAAAAUUUGUUGUUGUUGUUGUUGAUGAUGAUGAUAACAAUGAUAAUGAUGAUGUUGACUGCAGGAGCAGGUAGAGUGGAGAGAUGUUCCAAUGCAAAGGCACCUAUUGGGAUGGCCACACAUACAAACCUGAAAUUCGUGUAGGUCUUCAGCCAUGAUGCAUAGUAAAGCCAGUUCUUUUUAAUACAGUUUAAAGGCCAAUGUAUUGCACCUGGUAUUUUGAGCAGUCUCUCAUCCAAGAACUAACCAAGCUGACCUUGUUUAGCUUUCAAUACAAAGAAAAGGAUAGAAGUUAUACGAGGAGGCAUCUGAUUAAGAGGAAAACAAGAAAUUAAAACUCACUUCUUUAUAGUGCAUAGUAUUUAGCAGAGGUGAGAUGGAGACUUGUGGGGAAAUGAAACAACCCCAAGGACAGCUUGCUUAUUAUCAAGCUUGAAUACCUAGGAUGUGAUUUAGUGGUGAGGUCCACUGAAAUCACUGGAUUAAGAACUCAGUGUCUCAAUCUGUCUAUGUAGGAUUUCACAGACUCUUACACCUGUGGCUUCUUGUGUGUAUUUCUGAGAAACAGUAUUUCUCCAAUCUGUCAGCUCUGAAACUAAGAAACCACAAAACUUCCUCACUGCUAUUUGAAGGCCAGUUGCAGGAGCUCAGUAGAGACACUUGCUCCUUGCAACGAAAGGAAGUCUAUUCGUCUUCAUAAUGAGACCCAUUCAGUGGCUGGCUGUUGGAUUCUUCCUGCUUCUUGAUUUCUGCACAGGACAAAGGAUGGUGUCCAUUCAGAAGGGCCGUCUCUAUCGAGCAAAGGGCUACCAUAUCACCAUCUGGUGUAAUGUUAGUGGGUAUCAAGGACAACUUCAGCAGGAUUUCCAAUGGUCCAUUUAUAAGCCAUCUGCUCCAGAGCUGGAACUGAAGAUUAUCGGCACUCAUGACCAGUUUUCCCCAUAUGCUGUCUAUGAUCAGCGUGUCAUAAGUAGGGAAAUUUACAUUGAAAGGCUCCAAGGAGACUCCAUUCUGUUACACCUCACAGACCUCAAGGAUCAGGAUGCUGGCGAAUACCAAUGCUACACACCUAACACAGACAGUAAAUACUGGGGGACUUACAGUGCUAAAAUGAACCUCUCAGUCAUUCCAGACACACUUUCUGCCACCAUGAAGAUGCGGUCUCUCAGCAGAGAUCAAGGAGAUUCAUUAGAGCUCACUUGUGAAGUAUCCACAGCAACAACUAUACACACCCACCUCUCUGUUGCCUGGUACAUCUUUAAAAAAGAAGGAGAUGGAACAGCCCAGAAGAUCAUUUCUCUGUCCAGGGAUUUUGUCUUGCUUCCAGGACCAUCCUAUCAGCAGAGGUUUUCUUCUGGAGAUGUCAGGCUAGACAAAACUGGGAGCAAGGAAUAUAAACUAUCGAUUGCAAACAUACAACCCUCAGACCAGGGAGAGGUGUACUGUGAAGGGGUAGAGUGGGUUCAAGAUCCUGAUGAAACAUGGAAAGAUAUUGCCCGGAAACAGACAGACCGAAUAUCCCUGACUGUCAGAAGCCUAGAUCAACCUACCUACAUACCACCCUUGUUUACAGAAAGCCAUAUGCAAUUGUUUCUGUCAACCAAUCAUGAACAAACCACAGAAGGUUCAGCAUUAGUCUUCCACUGUAAUGGGACCACAACUGAGAAAUCACUGUCUGUGACCUGGUGGCGUAUUGAGAAAAAUGGAGAUCCUCCAUUGUUCAUAGCCAGCUUGGAUCAGGAUGGCACGCUAAAGAUAGGCCAUUCCUACUUUGAACGCAGUGUUAAUGGUGAACUCAGAUUAGAGAAGCUGGGGCCUUCCAUAUUUACCUUGACCAUCUAUAAGUCUUCAGCUACCCAGGACACAGGGCUUUAUCGUUGUGAAGUGGCAGAGUUGUCUAAGGGAAAGAGCUGGAGUCAAGAGAUCGCAACAAAAGUUGAGCCACUAGGGUUGAAUUUAAAUGCUGAGCUGAGCAGCAGAAAACCAAAUGUAAAGCUUUAUGAAGAUUUUGAACUGUUCUGCAUAGUGUCUGGAAACAGCAUCACCAGCCAAGUGCCGGUGUCCAUCACGUGGCAAUUCAAAGACAGCUCUGGUAUGACUGGCUAUCAGCAAGUGGUCAAAGUCACUGCAGGAGGCAACGUUGAGUGGGGUUCAUUUGCCCCUCAUUUGAGCCUCCAGAAGAAAGCAAAGAUUACCAAAUCCUCCUCUGUAUCCCAGCUCUUAAUCCACAGUGCAACAUGGCAGGACGCAGGGAUGUAUAGGUGUGAAAUAGAAAUCUGGGAAAACUCAGGACCAGCCAGAAGUUCAGCUAUGGCACCGCAUGCUGUGAUACCCUCGAAUCCUAUUGAGAUAAAAGUUAUUCCUCCAGAAAGCAAGUUAAUCACCUACACCAGUGAAAAAUCUCUGGACGUCUUUAGCAAUGAAGAUAUAACAAUUGAUUGCAAAAUCAUAUCAUUGACGAAGAAGAAUUCUACAUUAGAAAUUACAUGGUAUUUUCUGCCAUUGUAUCCCAAGAAUGCAGCUCCACUGAUGAUUUUGAGGACCAGUUACAAUCACAUAUCAGAAUAUGGUGAAGCGUUCAAUUCUCCUCGACAGAAAUCCAAAUUUCAUAGCAAAAAGAUUUCCAACCAUUUGUAUCAACUGCUCAUUCUGUCAGCAGAUAAUGAUGUCCCGGGUAAAUAUUAUUGUGAAGUAAAUGAAUGGAUCUGGGUAAUAGAUGCUGGCUGGCAUAGCCUCGGGAAAAUGGGAUCUGGUCAAACCACAGUGUAUUUCAAGCUUUCAGAAAAUAAACCACACAUUGAAAGAACAAACCACAGCAUUACCACCACGGAAAAUGAGGAUGGGACCCUGAAAUGUAUUCUAAAGAGCCCAAUACAGCCCACCUACCGCUUCUUGGUCAGCUGGUUUAAAAAGUCAGAACACUUUGCUGCUGCAACUCUGGGGGAAAUUAUGAGUAAUGGUAGUGUUUGGUAUAGUAAUGUGAAUACGGCAAGGAGAUCGCAACCUCACAGCCCUUCAGUUGGCAACUUUUGCCUGAAACUGCAGGAUGUGGAGAUGGCCAGUGCUGGGCUGUUCUUUUGCCAGGUGGAAGAAUGGCAGGCACCCAACAGUACUGCUCCCAUCCAGCAUGAAUCAGUACCAACCAAUUCUUCCCAGAUUUGUUCUCCUCACUCUCUGUACCGCUUCCUUUUAUUCUACCCUCCAGUCCUGUUUCUUAUCUUGGUGGGUGUCUUCCUCAUGUUGUACUUCAGAAGAAAACAUGUUCCAAAGGAAAAAGUGGCUUUGGAGCAAAACAUGAUUUCUGGAGAAGAGCUUACUGUCUGGCUGGCACAAAGCCACUUUGAACCCAGUGGCAAGAAUGAUAAAUAACAGCAUAGCAGAGAAUGAAACUAGUCAACUGAAGAACAAUGAAAUGGACUGACUCUUGAAGAGAUAAUGCCACCUGGAGCUGUAUGGCAGUAGUUUUGCAGUCCUCUUGAUUGGACUCCAGACUCCAUUGACUCGUAACAACUAGUACUGCAGGGACUUAUAGUCUAAACAUUUGAGGGUCACACAGUUCCCACUUCUGCUGUACAGAGUGCAUAGAGCUAUUUAAUUCUCUUGGUCUGCCUCCAACAAGAGUGAAAAGUAGCUCCAGUUAACAAUAGUUUUUUUUUGUCUCUAAAUCUGUGGAAGCCAUUUCAGGCCUUUGAGGUUGCCACCUCUGUUCUGUUCCACCCCCCUAAAUUCAACAAAUUACCAACAAUUUGAAUGCUACUAUUUCCUUUUAAAGACUGGUGUUUAACAUAGCAAUCCUAUGCACAUUUACUCAGAGCUCAAUGCAAUUGAGUAGUAAGACGCCAAUUCUCACAUGAGUACAUGCAUGACUUUAUAGCCUAAAUCUUAAGUCAGAAGCAUGCUUUUUAAAAGCCUUAAAAUUUAUUUUUCCUAAUUUUUAUAUUAGUUGGUAACUUAUAUUACAGUCCAGUGUUAUUUAUGGUUAUAUCCAAAUGCCCUGUGUGUGUGUGUGUAUGUGGCAAAGGGGCUUAAUUACAAGUAACGUGUUACCUCAAAACUCUUAAUGUAUUCUGGGAUAUUCCUUUCGUAUGUUCACAAGUAUAUGCAUUCAUGAGAAUGAAUGUCCCUGAAGACAUCCACCUUGAAGGCAAAUACCAGAAAGUGGUAAUAGUUGGUGCACUGAGAAGUGGGGGAAUGGAAGAAGUUUGAACAAAGAGGAUUAGGUUUUCCCAUUCUAAUUGUCUAUUAUGCAACCUUCAUAGUCUGUUAUGCUAGCUUUCUUAGCUUAUUUCUCUAAGUCUCUGCAACUGAUGGUUUUGUCUUUCACUGCCGUUAAACUUAUAAAACUUUGACACUUGACUAUGUGUACCAUCACCACAUAUGUGAUACGGUCUAAUGUUAUAGGGAAGAACUUGUACCAAGCUCCCAUUAAAACCCACCCCCAAUCAUAAGGAAAAAAAUGAUCUGUUAUCAGAAUAGGCAUUAUUUGUUUGUUUAGGCGCCAUUCAUAAGAAGCACAUUUUCAUCAGACAGCAGGCAUUAUCAAUAUGGCGUGCAAGAAGUUGAGAAGAAUACCGGAAUCUAUACAGGAACUUGGCAACAGAAGUUGUGGCUGGGCUCUUUUUUUGUUCCAUGGAGGCCUUGUAAGUAUUUAAAUUGCUACCAUUGUGCAAUCCUUGGUCACCGUGAUGCCCAGAGAAGACUGAGCCAUGUGGAAAUCCAACUAUUUUCUCAAGAUCAUCCAAGGUCAUCCAUCCUAGUGUCUUGGAAUUUGCCUAGAACAUUAAAAACAAUACAAAUAUGAAGCAAAACUAGCACUCAGGGAACUCAAUAGCAAAUAAAGAUGUGCUGGUCUAGAAAUAAAACUAAGAACAGAAGUGACUUUACAA